CGGGGCCACGCAGGACCGCGAGAACCGCACAGCGCUCUGACACGAGAGCUUUCGCUUUUAUUUUCGCCUGCUUUUGUCCUCGGUUCGCUCUGCGGACACAGGACGAGGGCCGGGCACGAGCUCAGCGCCGCGCAGCGCCUGCGGGCCUCUCCCCGCCGAAGCCGUCCCGGCACUGCGGGCGCAGCCGCCGCUUCCGGGUGCCGUGCCGUGCCGUGCCGUGCCGUGCCGUGCCUCCGUCUCGAUUCGCAGUUCCGGGGCGGCCGAGGAUCUCGGCGCUCUCCGGGUCCGGCGCGGCCCUCCCUGCAGCCUCAGCCCCGGCCCUCGGAGCCGCGCAUGGACUUUCUGCCGCUCCUGCUGCUCUACCUGUGCCUCGUGCUCGCCGUCGCCGUGCUGUACUGCAGCCACGCGGGGAGUGGGGGCGGCCGCCUGGGCAGGGCAGCCCGCAGCGCCGGCCAGGUACUGUCAUUAGUAAUCCCCACUCGGCUCCAGAGUGUGACACAGGAGGUGCUCCUCAGGCUCUUUCACACACGAAACUAUUUGUUUGUUGUACUGCACAUAGCCUUGCAAGCAGCAGUUUAUGCUGAAUACACAUGGGAAGUGUUUGUUUACUGCUGGGAACUGGAGUUCCACCUUGUGCUGCUGCUGCUGCCCUACCUGCUGCUGCUUGGGAACACGGGCUGCUUCAUUCUGUGCUCCUGUGCCAAUCCUGGUAUAAUAACAAAAUCAAAUCAUGCAUCACUGAUGAAGACUUAUGCGUAUGAUGGUGUGUUAUUUCAGAAAGGCAUUGUGUGUGCUACAUGCAAUGUGGAAAAGCCAGCCAGAUCAAAACAUUGCAGUUUCUGUAAUACCUGUGUGCACCGUUUUGAUCACCACUGUGUAUGGGUCAACAACUGCAUCGGUGCCUUCAAUGCAAAGUAUUUCUUCCUCUACCUCUUCACACUGACUGUGAUGGCUGCGACCAUUGCAAUCAUCACUACAGCAUUUCUCAUCCAAGUGGUGCUGCUGUCAAAUAUGAUGCACGGGAGUUACAUUGAUGACCAAGGACAGCAGCACGCUGUUGAGAUUUUCUUUCUCAUCCAGCACCUUUUCUUGACUUUUCCUAGGAUUGUCUUCAUGCUUGGUUUUGUUAUUCUUCUCACACUUAUACUGGGUGCAUACUUCUGUUUCAACCUAUACUUGGCCUUAACCAACCAAACUUUCAAUGAAUGGUACAAAUUCAGAAGAUACAGGCAUUCCCAUCAUCGAACACUGCAGCCUUGUGACAGAAAAGUUGUCUACAAAAACACUUAUGCUAAAGGAGUCUGGAUGAACUUAAAAGAAAUCUUUAAGUCUCCUGCAGUGCUGGAAAGAAAGAAGAAAAAAUGAAGAUAAAACUCUUUAUUGCGUUGUUAUUUUUUUACUUUUUGUAAAAUGUGCUUUGAUACCACGGGGAACUUUGUUCAGAUAAGAAAAAAAAACAAUUUCAAUUAGUUGGAAACUUCUCAUGUGAUCAGUCUUCCAGAAGGAAAAAGCUGAAGCUCCUGCAAGUUUGUCUGUAACACUGCUCAGAUCAGCUGUGAAAGCAACGUGUUUGUCUUCUCAGACACAUCUGCAGUCCAGAAGGUUGCUGUACUCGAGUUAGGUUCAGCUAAGGUACAUCAUGUACACAGAAAAUGACUUUAUAUAUAUGGUUACUGUUUGUAUGCUGCAAAAUAUAUUCCAUGGUAUAAUUGGCAAAUGGAGCUCCUGAGUUACUUUAGUGUAUCUUAUGUACAUCUUCCUGCAGGAGGCCUUAGAGGAACUUAGCAGUGCCAUGCAUGUGGAAGAAGUAAAUGUCUGAAUGCACUGAUUUGUCUGUUACUUACACUGUGUUUGCCCUGCAGAGAGAUCACAGCUGACAGCAAUAUUCUAAUUAACAGUACCUCAGCAGAACUCUAUUUUAAAGUUACUCAGUGAGAAGCUGUUAGAAGUCCUGGUAACAAACUUGCUGACAGGAGGUGCAAGUGUGGACCAACAGACUGCAGUGAAUCUCUCCAUGCAGGAACAAGGGGAGAGCUAACAAAGAGCUGCUGUGAGCUGUGAGGAAGCUUCAUCUUGUUAAAACGCCUCAGGGCUGUACCACCCUGUUAAGCCAUUUACCUAUAGAAGCACUCCUGCUCUGAACAACUGUAAUGGCAAACCUAGGACUGAUCAAACUCCCCAGCCUGGAGGCA